GUAAAUAACGAUCUACUAUAAAUUAGCUUCAAUUCUCCAUGAAAUAGUCAUCAUCCAAUCAAGGCCAUUAUAUCCCUGGAUCAUACAAAAUUUGUAUCCUAUAGGUGCAGGAAGCUGUUGAGCUAGCCUCUUUCCUUCGAUAUUUUCAUCAGCCAGGUAAAAGAUAGUGAGUCUACUCUUGAGAAUGGAAAUCGUUGCAAGGUCUGACAGUCUUAAGUACAAGUGCCUGCUGUUUGAUAUGGAUGACACUUUGUAUCCUCUUAGCUCAGGUGUCAACCUAGCUUGUCGCAAAAAUAUAGAAGCAUAUUUCAUUCUAGAGUAUAUGUUGCAUCACCUGAAUAUUGAAGAAACUGAAGUGCCAAAAAUGUGCUUGGAACUAUACAAGGAGUAUGGGACAACAAUGGCAGGCUUGAAGGAGCUAGGAUAUGAAUUUGACAAUGACAAGUUUCAUGAAUUUGUGCAUGGAAGAUUGCCGUAUGAGGUGCUAAAACCUGAUCCACUGCUGAGGAACCUCCUCCUUUCCAUGCCACAGCGCAAAAUAAUAUUCACAAACGGGGAUAAAGCGCAUGCAAUUAGAGUGCUGAGCAGGUUAGGGCUGGGAGAUUGUUUUGAAGGUAUUAUAUGCUUCGAAACUCUGAAUCCUCCCUUAGAAGAUACUGAUGAUGAGGCUGCUAGUCGUCGUCGUAUUUUAUGCAAGCCUUCGGUGAAAGCAAUGGAGGCUUCUAUUCGGAUUGCAAACCUUGAUCCUAACAAAACUAUUUUUUUCGAUGACAGCGCCCGGAACAUAGCAAGUGGCAAACAAGCUGGACUGCACACGGUUAUUGUGGGGACGUCAGCUUUGGUGGUAGGGGCAGAUCACGCCUUGAGGAGCAUACACAACAUAAAAGAAGCCCUUCCUCAAAUAUGGGAAAAAGAAGGAGAAUACCCACACCAAAUUAUCCAAUCCAAUGCCGCUGAAUUAACUGUAGUACAACAAGCAUAACCUACUCCACGUGCAUCAAGACUUUUGACGAAUUUCUAUAAAGAUCUACGUUAAAUUAAAUAAGCCAUUUUAUAUAUAUCCAAUAAUGUGUUACAUAGAACUAUAUAAAAGCAAUUACUCUAAUCUACAACGAGUUUGAGCUUCUUGCAAA